UGCGCGGCCAAACGACUCAAGAGAACUCUCCUCGCAGUUCGGUUUACCCACAGAGCCGCUGAGCCCAAUAGUUGAUAGAGUUGGAGCGAGUAAGAACUGUCUGCGGACUGAGUGACAGGCUUUGUAGCAUUAUUUAGUGUCAAGCAAGUGUCCUUCGAACAAAGUAGUUUGGUUCAAUUUGGUUCCAUCUCACAAAGGACGUCGCUCCUUUACCCGCCAGGAGUUUACAGGCUAUCCGUUAGAGGGAACGGGCUAGCUAGAGCAGGCUAGCUAUCUUUAGCCAAGGGGCUGUGUUUAGUUGGUCGUUAUUAACGGGGGUCAACUGGUUUAUUCGACCACAAUAGAGAAGAGUGCACCAACUCCGGCCUCAGUCGAGCUCGAAACCCUGCAGCGUAUGUGGGAAGGCGCUGAGCAGUCGGAAGGGCUUCCUUGUGUUGUUGUUUUUAACACCAGCGAGCUAGCUUUGUCCUUUGUAGCUGGGGGUUGUUGAUAUAUUUAUCCCAAUCGGUGUGGAAUAUGGCUCAGCAUGGUCACCAUGUAGCCAGUUCCCAAAAAGCACUAAUGCUAGAAAUGAAAAGUCUUCAAGAUGAGCCAGUGGAAGGUUUCAAAAUAACUUUAGUCGACGAGUCGGACAUGUACAAUUGGGAAGUGGCAAUAUUUGGACCCCCAAAUACACACUACGAAGGUGGUUAUUUUAAGGCCCGGAUGAAGUUUCCUAUCGACUACCCUUACGCCCCCCCUGCCUUCCGCUUUCUCACCAAGAUGUGGCAUCCAAACAUCUAUGAGAAUGGAGACGUUUGCAUCUCCAUCCUGCACCCUCCUGUGGACGACCCUCAGAGCGGAGAGCUGCCCUCGGAGAGAUGGAACCCCACACAGAACGUCAGGACCAUCCUGCUGAGCGUCAUCUCCCUGCUGAAUGAGCCCAACACCUUCUCCCCCGCCAACGUGGACGCCUCCGUCAUGUACCGCAAGUGGCGGGACAGCAAGGGCAAGGACCGGGAGUACGCAGAGAUCAUCAGGAAGCAGGUGCUGGCCACCAAGGCGGAGGCGGAGCGGGACGGUGUGAAGGUGCCCACCACGCUGGCCGAGUACUGCGUGCGGACGCGCGCCCCGCCCGCCGACGACGGCUCCAACCUCUUCUACGACGACUACUACGACGACGAGGACCUGGACGAGGCCGACGACGACGCCGACCAGGACUGCUGCUACGACAACGACGAUGACUCGGGCACCGAGGAGUCCUGACAACCGUCGUCUCCUCCUCCUCCUCCUCCUCCUUUACCCAUCCCUUCCCCUCCCUCAGCCUCAAACUGAACUUUGCCCUGCAGUCUCCCCUCCCUCCUCCCCCCCCCUCUCUCUCUCUCUCUCUCUCUCUUCCCCCCCCCCCCCCCCCGUCUCUUGUCUCCACGCGUCCACACUCUGCCUCAUCUCCCCCCGCCAGACGCCACAGUCCGCCGUCUUCGUCGCUCGCGCCGUCGUGAACCGCGCCCCUCCGAACAAACCCCGGUGCGUGAAGAACGGCAGGGAGACGAGGCUAGCAGAGUUGUGUGUUCCGUUCCCUCUGCGUUGUUUUCUUCUCCUCAAUGUAUAAUUUGCGUUCGGUCCGGAUGGUCUGAGAGCAGGGUGUACACAUGAUGCAUGGUUGGAGGAGGGGUGGUGGUUGGGCUGAGAAGGAGUUGUGAGCAAUCACAACCGUUCAGAAACGCUAGUGUUUGUGAAGCCGAGCUGUUACUCUCAUUUACCAUUAUUAUAAUUUUUUUUCUUUCUUCAACCGUGUUUGUGAACUAGGUCAGAGGUUUUUUUUUGUAAGCAUUAAGCUCCUUAAGGUCUUCCUCCGGCUUUGAGUUUAUAAAAGGACUUUCUCCCCGGGGAGACGCUGGGAGAAGCUGUAUCCAAGGGGGUCUGCGUCAGCCUCUGUCUGCUCUGAUCACUUCCACGUGGAGGAGUCAAUAAUGUGUUUCCAGUAAAAUGAGCUCACACAGCAAGAAAAACACUUCAUUUAUCAUGCAAUAGAAAUGGGUGUUUUUGUGUGCCUGCUUAAUCUCUGAGCUGUGUGUGUGUGUGUGUGGGUGUGUGUGUGUGUGUGUGGGGGGAUCUAUACACUUCAACUCAGCGCGAGCUGUUUGUGUGAGUAACAGGCGGUUAGAAACUAGCCUCGCUACUUCCCUGACCUUUAUCUCCCCAACGCCCCCCACCAGAGGGCUGCUCUCCACUUGGGGGGGCUGUUCUGUGGCAGAAAGCUGUCCAUUCCAGCCACCCCCUCCCCCAUCGCCAUCCCUCUCAGAUCUGAAUCAUUCUAUUGACGGAUCGUAAUCACAGCAUGUCCAUCUGCAGAGCUAAACGCCUACCAGCGAGGAAUACCACGCCACCCCCUUUUUUCAUAUGCACACCCCCGCAGACCAGCCAGAGCUAAUUUGGUCUCGGGCGUCCACCCUCUAUUUCAGUGCGGAGUAGAUGCCUCCUCUCUUAUCAUUAACUAUUAAUAUAGAAAGUGGGUCAUGUCGCAACUGAGAUGUGGGAGGGUACAGUAGGUACGAUGGAGCCAUCUGGUCGAGUCUCCCCUUGCCAAACUCACAUUCUCAAACAUAAACGUAUGAACACUCGCACUCGUGCUCACGCUCGCUCGCUCUCCCAGGCCUCCCAUGCCUGGCCCCAAACACUGUGCACGAUUCAUCCCAGUCACAUGGAUGGGAGCAGCCUGGUUACGUUUAGAGAGGCUGCUUACAGCCACUGCAGAGGCUGCCCUCCGAUGUACUGCUGCUGUACCAUCCUGCACCCGAUCCGGUUCAAUACGCACUUUUGAUUUGACCGCUCCAAAGUGGCCGUACACCUGAGCAUCAAGCGUGAGUAACCAGAGACCGCCGGUCCCCACAGCCAACCCUCUAGUCUCCCAGACAGGACUAAGGUUGUCUUUGGACAGGUCACCUGGACGUGUGUGUGUGUGUCUUGUGUCCGUGUACGUUUGGUUCAGAGCAGGUCACUGCCGUGAUCCUUGGCCCAGAAGAGGGCAUGGAGCGAUGACGCUAGGGAUUCGCUGCCCGAUGGUCACUUUAUGCCAGACCUUCAGUUCUGCCCCUCCUGUUACUGUCGACUGGGCAGCAGCCAACUUAAGUUACCGGAGUCUCUGAACCCUCGCCCGUUGCAUCACCAGAGAUCCGGUGACGCUGUGAAUGAUUCAGGAGGCCUCGCACGCAGCGGCUGGAUGAGCCGAGUGUUGCUAGUUAUUUUUUUUUCUUCUUUUUCGUCCUCGUCCGUAUGCAGCGUUGUAAUCAUGGGGAUUUCACAGCCUGAUUUUCAGGACUCGAAUAGCGGUUCCUGCUACCACUGUGUUCAAUCUGUCACCCCAUCCGAUACGGAAGCGCGCACAGAUAUACAGGCGGCGAUAGUCUAAACAAGUGGUGGUUUCCAACAUUUGCUUAGAAUUAUGUGUGAACCAUUUUAUUGAUCCUGUUUGACUAGAAGAGACCAGUGUGGAUGGGGAGAGGGCGAGGUAGAGAAGCAAUGUAAACAGGCUUCACUUUGAUCAGUCAGCGUGGGCGAGAAGGUGGACGCUCCCCAGCAUGUGGUCGUGAUGUCUUCCUGGUGUUGGGGUCUGGUUUGGGGUUGUCGGUGGGGGAAAUAGAUCUGGAUUUGUGCUCCAUCCAAAAACAAGUGUAAUUUGUAUUGUACCAUGACUUGUAUGACGUCGUCUUCGCUCUUUUACUAUUUUGAUGUACCUAUUUCCAAAUUUAAGGUGUGGGCUAUUGAUUUUUAAAAAGUAUAUAUCUUGUAUGCAAUAAUUGCUAUGAUUGUUGAAACCCCGGGUUAUUCCCAAGGGUUGCCCACGGGAGAAGUCCCAACGGAUGAUGCUCUAGACUCUUCAUGGCGAAGAGAAGUCAAGGUUGUUCACCAUCACACGGAGAUGUAAACCACCCAAUAGCCACUCCCACAGCCUGUAAGCCGCGCUUGAACGUUCAGCCGUCGUCCCUCCCUCCCAGUGUUCCAGAGCGCUCCAGCCUCCCUCUCAUUUUGUGCUCGGAUGAAUGGAAUUUAGCUCGGGGUCACAUGUUUGUGUUUUUCUGUAGCCCCAUAACAUCGCGCAUCCUCCCCGGUCUCUGAGCUCUGGUUUGUGGGCAUCAUCGCCGUGGGAGCCAUUGACCCCCCCCCCCCAGUGUUGGAAACCAACAUAAACCUCAUGGAUAUAACGAACACAAGCCUUUUCAGCGCAGUUUAACCCACGAGAGAACAAACACUCGUCCAACAUGCUGUUUUUCCCCUCCCCCCCCCCCCCCCCCCCCACCAAAACUCACCUUUUUUGGCUUCAAAAGACUGUUUACAAUCUCUACCUUGAUAUGCACAUGUGGAUAUUUUGACGAUCACUUGAUGUAUUAUUUUUUUCUCGUUUGUUUUUUUCUUUUUUUUCUUAUGCUUUGUAAAUCUAUUUAAAACCUAAAAUAAAGAACUUUAU